AUGCGGCACAUUCAGUACGCGUCGUUGUGCUUGAUCGCGCUUGUCCUGGGACAAACAGCGGCAUUACCGCAGCACCCUCAAUAUCACACCCAACAAUAUCAGCAACAAGUCAGGGAAGAGAGAAAGUUUGCCGAAAAACCGAACGCGAUGAAAAAGGUGGCGAUCGACGACCUCGAGGAUAUCAGCACCAAUUCGAUUCAGGAGGGUGGCAGUAGCGGCUUCUCGUGGUCCAACAUGCUAGGAAUGCUGAUGCAGAUGUUGUUGGGACAGACCGGAGGUGCGACCAGUCCCAGCAAGAACGAGAUAGACGACGGCGCAUCGACAAGCCCGUGGACUAAUCUGCUGUCUGUGGGUCUCAGGGUUCUCACGGCGUUGUUGGGCGGGCCUCAACAGCCGGUGGACGGUAUCGACAAAGUGGACAAUCAGAGCAGCCCCAUGCAGGAAAUUUUGACUGCGGUGCUGGGCACGUUUCUAGGACAGGGCAGAGAUCCCCAACAGAUUGCUGUAAUGGCGAAAAACGCUUCCGAGCAGUUUAUCAGCAUAGUCAUCAACUUGCUGGACGCUCUGAAGACGUCGUUCUCCCAUCGUUCUUUGACUGCUCGCUCGCUGGGAAGACGCGACACCGUCUCCGAGGCUGCGAUAGCGUCCAUCUCUAUGCUCAAGGGUUACAUGAGAUCCGUCAAGUCCUUCAGCUACGUAGGCCACGACGAGGUGGAGGGCCAUCGCGGAUGCGCCGAGAGAGCCCUUUGCGAAGCCAGUGCCGAGUGCAUCGCUGAUACGCAAGGCCCGUCAUCGAUUUUCUGCCAACUCGGAUCGUAUGCGACGAGCUAUCUUCUGCAAAGGCAGAGUGGCGUCGGCUUCGAAGCCCUGUACGAGGCGGGACGACGCGGCCGCACGGGAGAAGACUGCAGGAACCUUUUCAUAGAUUGCAAUGCCGUAUGA